AUGGAGGGCCCCGAGCCAGGCUUCGUGUCCCGCCGGGCGAUACUGUUCGGGCCGAUGAAGUCGCACGCGCGCCGCGCGCUGCGAGACAUCAUCCAGCAGUCGCAAGAUGCACGCAGGUCGUCCAACAACGGCGAGACUGCGUCGGUUGGCAGCGAGGCGGUCAUAGACCUCGGCGCCGUCCGCAGCUCCCAGCGGUCGGGGCGCAGCGUUGCCGCGCUGCGGCCGCGCAAGGCGCUUCUGAUCGACGCCGGCAUCUCCGUCUCUGACGCCGCGCGCAAGAUGGCCGCCGCGAACGCCGACGCCGCGCUCGUGCGGACAUCCUCGUCGUCUCGCGCGGCGGUCGGCAUCGUCACCGACACGGACGUGUGCCGGAAAGUGGUGGCGCUCGGGCGCGACGCAGACGCCACCGCCGUCGAGGCCGUCAUGACGCGCAACCCUCAGACCGUGCUCUGGAAUGCGACGGCGUCCUCGGCGCUGUGCACUAUGGUGGACAACUGCUUCCGGCGAGCGGCCCCCAAUGCCCGGCGGCCGUCCCACGGCACCUCGCACCUACCAGUCCUCGACGAGGCUAGCUCGGCUGGCUCGGUGGCCGGGCUGCUCGACGUGGCAAAGUGCCUCUCGGAGGCCCUGGCGGGGCUGCACGGGCACCAGCUGGGCCAUGCGGCGAGCGGUCGCCCCGCGGCCCGCGCGUCGGUGCAGCAGGCGGCGAGCGUGAUGGUGGCGAGGAGGGGCGCUGUCCUCGUCGGCGCCGUCAUGACGCCGGACCCGCACACCCUCCCUGUCUCGGCCUCGGUGCUCGACGCGCUCUCGCAGCUGGAGGGCUCCGGCUAUCGCAACCCCGUCGGCGUGCUCGACAUCCUCGCCCUCAUCCGAGGGGCGCUGCACCAGAUGCCCGGCACCGGAAGCGACGCGUCGGAGACUGGGUCGGUGAUCAACGGCAGCGGCCGCGCCUCGCUGACCAACGGCGCAGUCUCGGCCGCCGCCGACGAGCCCGAUGCCGUCGUGAUGGCGCCGGGCCAGCCCCGGGGCUCUGCGGAGGAGGAGCGGGCGCAAGCGGGCGCAAACGGCCGCGCGCUCUCCCCGCGCGCUCUCACGCCCUCGAGAGACGGCCCCGUGUAG